UGCUACACAAGUCUAAAUACACAGCAUUCACGUGGUUUAAGGGACCGGAAGCUCAUAAACAGCACUUUUUAAAUCUUAGUCUGCUGACUUGUUUUCUUUCUUUAAGAACACUAUUAUAACUUUCUUUAUCACUGCCUAAAAAGUAUUUAUUAUCACGGUCUGGCCAAAGUGCGAUGUAUUGACAGUAACGACCACACUGAUUUGUCAUCAUCUGUUGUCAGCAAACAGAAGUGUUGGUCAUGUGCUGCUGAUCUCAGCGCUUCCCAUCUACAUUUUUUAAUCAGCCAUAGAAAGGAUCAUGAAAAGACUUCUGCUAGUAUCAAAUUCCACACUUCAUGGAGGAGGAUAUCUGCAACACUGUCAACAACAGAUCCAAGACUUCUUUGGAAAGGAAGUAAGGAGGAUCCUCUUUGUCCCAUAUGCACUUCAUGAUCGAGAUGCCUAUACUAAGACUGCCAGAGACAAGUUCAAAACAUUGGGCUACGAGGUGGACAGUGUCCACGAGACAUCAGACCCCGUGGAAGCUGUCAGGAAAGCUGAAGGGAUAUUUAUUGGUGGUGGUAACACAUUUCGUCUGCUGAAAGCGCUCUAUGACAACAACCUUGUAACUGAGAUUAGAAAGAGAGUUUUACAGGAUGGAAUACCAUAUAUGGGAUCCAGUGCCGGUACCAAUGUUUCCACCAUCAGCAUCAACACUACAAAUGACAUGCCUAUCGUCUAUCCACCAACAUUUGCUGCUAUUGGUUUAGUGCCCUUCAACAUCAACCCUCACUAUCUGGAUACUGACGUCAACAGUAAACAUAUGGGGGAAACUCGCGAGCAGAGAAUCAUCCAGUACCACGAGGAGCCGGAUACACCAUGUGUGCUGGGUCUGAGGGAGGGAUCUAUGCUCUUAGUGGAGGGAAACAAAGCCACAUUGCUUGGGAGCACCAAAGCACGACUUUUCCAGAGAGGGAAGCAAACCACAGAGUAUGAACCUGGCAGUGAUCUCAGCUUCCUCCUGACUGAUGCACAAUAAGCUGAUGUAUAAUGGACAAAACUAUAUUUUUAACAAUAAAAAAAAUUCAUGUGGGUUAAAGCAAGCAAGUUUUGCUUUUAGCACAAGCUUGCAUUUGGUUAUUCAUCAACCAGAUAAGUGUUAACAGUUUCGCAAAUCCUGCAAGGUCCUGGUCAUUAAUCUAGAUUACGUAAGUGUGUUAGCAGGAACUUUAGACACAGAUAAGGUAAUGUAGGUAGUAAUGUCAUGCCAUUUACAAAUAAGUCCAAUGUAUGAGCCAUAAUGAAUAAGAAAAAAAUCCAAAUUACACCAGUACUUUUGUUUAUUGAAUUAUGGAAGCAUUAAUAACAUAUUGCUGAACAAACUCAAGAAAAAUGUUACUAGGAAAAAUAAGUCCAGGCAGUGAUUUGUGUUUUUUAAACAAAGGGUUGAUUCUCUAAAAUACAUAUUUUUAGUUACAAUGAUUAAGUUCUAUUGAUUUUUACAGACUUUUUUUUACAAACAACCUUUGUAAUACUAAAAAAACAAAACUUGAGACAUACAUCUUUUAAUAUCUGUGUUAAAAGCAUACUUGAUUGUAUUACAACUGUUAACAAAAUUUCAUUUAGACAACAUACUUACGGCAACCCAAUAUGGGCAGCAGCAUUAGUAUAAUACAGCAAAAUAGGAAAUCAAUAUUAGGUUUGUAAUUUGAUGGGUGUUAUAUUGCAGUAUAAUUUACUGUAUAUGUGCAGUCAA